AUCUUUCUGUUACUCGAUGGCUUCUAAGUCUAUCUCAUUAAAUUUUUAUUCAAUGACAUACUAUAUGGAUCUAAUAACAAGUAUAGGCUGACUCAACAGCGUUCAAUCCACAAUACUACUUAACCAGGAGUCACGGCCUUCAGACUUUUAUUCUUCUAUCCCCCCGAGCUCCCUAUCGGAGGUCUCUGGGCUCCCAAUGGACUCAAUCACUCGCAAGAAAGGAGCGAAACGACUUCAAAAUAGCUGUGAUAAUUGUCGUAGGAAGAAGAGCGACAGCUCCACUAUGCCGAACAAAGUUUGCACUGUAUGCCUGAAUGCAGGAAUAGAGUGUAGACAUACAAACACACCAAAGAAGCGUGGUCCUAAACCUAAUCAUACAGCUCAAUCUGCAUUGGUUCACGCUAUAUUGGCCGAACCGUUGACCUAUCAAAUACCUGAAAAUUUUGCAGGAGUGCGAGAACUGCUAGUAGAUAUCUGCCACUACGUUCGCUCAUUGGAGAAGGAUAUCGCCCGUUUACGACGUGCGGCUGUCUCAAGCUCUGGCUCGGCCGGGAGUCGACCUUCGCCGUCACCCUCCGCUCCGGAUAUCGAAGGCGUUCAGUCAACUUCAGACCCAAUAAUUUCGAAAUCUGCUAUCGGUACUGUCUUUUCGGAUGAAGACAGCGACGAUAUAGACACUAAUACUAUUUCGGAAAACUUUAAACACCUCUCGCUAUACCAUUCCCGUCCCCGCCACUAUGGUAUGUCAAGUAACUUCGUUUUAGCACAGACUCUUCUCGAGGUAGAUUUACAACAUGGUCUCGACAUCGGCCUUCUCCUAAAACGUUUCGAGCGGCCGUUGUUCUGGACCAUCAAUCCUUGGCAACGUGAGGUCCCAUUCAUGACACCUGACACUCCACUUGUCUUCCCGGACUCUGAUCUUCUACAUGAGCUUGUCAGCAUAUAUUUUGCGGAAUUUGACCCAUAUCUCCCGUUGCUCCAUCGACAGACUUUUGAACAAUGUAUCAAAGACGGAACUCAUCUACGUGAACGGUGUUUUGGGAAGGUCGUUCUGGCAGUAUGUGCGCUGGCUUCGAGAUACUCGAAUGAUCCGAGGAAUAUGAUUCCUGGCGCACCGUGUCCUGAACACUCAUUGGGGUGGCCGUGGUUCAAACAAGUUGCAGUUGUGCAAACAACAUCUUUUAUUGACCCCCCCAGGGUGUACAACCUGCAACUGUUCGUCCUCAGCGUCGUCUUUCUUCAAGGUACGACUACCUCCGAAUCAAGUUGGAUAAUCAUUGGCACUGCCAUUCGCCUUGCUGAGGCCAUAGGGGUACACCGGAAAGGCCCUGGACCUAGUCGACCACGAACCAUCGAACGCGAAUUAUGGAACCGCGCAUUUUGGGCAUUGGUAAAUAUCGAUGUCACCGUCAGCAUGUUUCUUGGUCGUCCUCGAGCGACGACUUUUGACGAUAUCGACCUCGAACUUCCAGCUGAUUGCGAUCAAGAAUAUUGGGAAAAUCCUGAAGAUCCUGAAAAAAAUUUUAUUCAGCCGGCUGGAAAGCCUUCUUUGAUGUCGUUCUGGAUUCACUACACGAAGUUGCAGCAAAUUGCGGCUGCCGUUCAUCGAUUGAUUUAUCCUAUCAAGAAACUGGACGUCUGGCGGAGAAUGGGAAUCAGUAGUAGAGCAUGGCACCAAAGGGCCGUUACGGAGAUCGAUUCUUUGCUCAACCAAUGGGUUGACAAUAUACCCGAGCAUGUCAGAUGGGAUCCGAAACGCAAGGACCCUGUAUUCCGACAACAAAGUGUUAUACUGUACACCACAUACUACUGGGUACAGGUGCAUAAAGCAUUUAUACCCCGUCCAGGACAAGAAUCCAUUCUCACCUUCCCGUCUUUGGCCAUAUGUGCAAACGCGGCCAGGUGUUGCAUUCAUGCUUCUGAAUUCCAGUCUCCAAAGGUCCCAGUUUUACCUAUACAUGUACUUACGCCGUUGUUCAGUGCUGGGAUCGUGUUACUCUUAAAGCUCUGGAGAGCAAAACAUACGCCAGACAUUGGAGUUGACAGUGAAAAAGAGCUGAAAGCUCUAUAUGAAUGUUUUGACCUGUUGUCUCACUUCAGUCAACGAUUCCAAAGUGCUGGUCGGUUUAUUGAUAUUCUCAACGCAAUCAUAUCCGUUGGCCACCUAGUUCCUGAAGAGCCUACUGGUAAUAAGGAACAGGAACAGUACUCUCUGCCCUCCGCCUUGGACACUCCAGUUUCAUACCCAAACGCCUUUAAGUUACCUGGGCAUCACCCGAGUCGAUCUAAUCAUUUAGGGCCUACUGAACCUGUUUCCGCUUCUGAGUUUAUUCUUCCUUUCCACACUCGAGAACUUGGAGAAGGUGAAUCAUCGCUGUACUCCUCGCCUGAUUUAUAUGGCCAGGUAUCUUCGACCUCGUCUCUUACGGACGCCAUCCCUUGGACUGCUUGCCCCGAAAUUACUAACGGUGUUGUCAUCCACGAUGUCGCAGCCCCUCACGCAACGUCGUCUCAAGCUGAGCAAUAUGAUCCAAAAGUUGUAGAAUUUUACAAUCAAUACGGCCUAUUACCUGGUAUGGAAAUCCAGCACCUUGACCCCGGUCGGAGUGGGAUUCAAAAUGACUUGACGGUUCCCCGUCCACGUUGGAACGAUUCAAGUGAUAACUACUGGGGACCUGAUUCUCGACCGAGUCCCGAUGGUUUAGGUCAAGAUUGGAAUCAUUUUUUGUCGAAUGUGGAUGGGCUAUUUCAUUCAGCAUCGGGCGAUUUUUAUGCAUAUCCUGUUACUUAGACAGUCUAUGUGACACUCCUUGUACUUUCAAAUAACCAUUAGAUAGUAGAUUUUAUCAGCUAGCCCUACGGCCAGUAACCAGCAAUGUGGUAUACGUAUCAGAAGGCAAAUUGCAACAAGCUCUGCGAAAGAAGAGAUACC